AAAUAUACUGACAAAUAUAUCGCACUUUGAUUACGAAACAUGAACAUUACAGGCGUGUACACCAGCUUCCUUGAAUGCUUUUUGUUUUAAAGUUUGAAUUCCGCCCACGUGAGGGAAUUUGCCCUUCCCUUCUUUUCCUUAACACAAGGAAACAUACACAGUUAGUAAUUAGAAUGGACACGUCCUGCGGUGAUCGCAUGGUCUCUCUGUUCUUUGCUGGGCUAUUUGUCGGGUUUUUGCUGUUGUUCUUGGUGUGUGUCCUCCUUUGGAGAUUCAGAGCAAGGUGGGUCAAGAAGGCUGCAAAGCAACUCCGCCUCGGUUACCAAGACAACAACGAAACCAAGAACAAUGAUAAGAGAAAAACUUAUUCUUUACGAGAACAGGAACCUAUUCCCUCCGAUUCUCCUGUCCUCAUGAGAAGAAGACAAACAGCCAUUACAAGCAGUCACAUGACCUUCCGACCCCUGAACUCGAAUCCCUGUAACGUUGGAGACGCUGAUGUAGGAGAUCACGUGAAGCUUCAAUCCAUGUACUCUGCACCUCGUGACCUAAUUCCUGCUACAUCUCGGAGUAGCUGCCUCGGGCAACUUGGUUUGGCAGAUUACAUGUUAAAACCAGAUGAAACCGAUUGUUCUCCUCAGAGUCCCGUAUCGACUGAACAAAUUUCAAGGAAGCCACCAACAAAAUACAGAUAUGACUCGUACGAUGAUGAGUCUCCCUACAGUUUAAUUCGGUAUCCUGUGGGAGGAUAUCCCAGUCAGGUUUUAUAUUCACCAAGACACGAGUAUACUCCACAUUCAGAAUCAAGACUAGACUCACGUGGAAGUGAUUAUACGAGACACCAGGACACAGGUCAGGAUCCUAGAUGGUCAGCAUUCAGAAGUCACCGACGUUCAACGUGUCCAGAACUCCCUGACCUUCGUCUUGACCACAGGGAAGUAUGGUCACAGAACAUUGGCCCCUCACAAAAUUCUGAAACAUCCAUCGCCAACGAGAGAGUGGAUGCGUAUAAACCCAAAGAAGAGGAACAAUUUUACUACACACUAGAAAACGUGAAUCCACGCCCCAUUUCUAGAUUGGAGAGAUUACUCAGUAUGCCACGUGACUCCCAAUUGAUCGACCGUGACAGUUCCGGUAACAGUUCCUCACUUUCAGAGAAGUGUUCGAAUAGCCUCUCGGAGACAAUAAUCACGGAGUGUCCUUACUUGAGAAGGAACUUUGAUAAAGGGUUACCUGAUCAAAGAAAAACAAUGGGCUGUUCUGUGAUAUCAUCAACAAGCGUCUAAUUUUUUGAAAAUGAAAUUCUUUUCCGUUUUCUUCUUUUCUUUACACACCAUAUAUACAAGUUUUUGUUUCGUCAGACUUCGUUUUACAUUUGUACUUUAAUCUAGGGGUGAAUCAAUAUAUCGAAACGUAUCGGUAUACGUCUGUCCAGCAAUAUACGAUACGGUGUUUCGACGAUACGAUACGAUAUAAUGUCGGGUUUAAAAAUGGCCCUUUUAAUAGUCGGGAUUGAAGUUCAUAAUUUAAAAAUGGCUUCUAACAGGAACGCGAUUCCUCAGACUUUAACCCCCGCUUUUACAUUGUGACAUCAGAGAUUCCUCAGACUUUAACCCCCGCUUUUACAUUGUGACAUCAGAGAUUCCUCAGACUUUAACACCCGCUUUUACAUUGUGACAUCAGAGAUUCCUCAGACUUUAAUACCCGCUUUUACAUUGUGACAUCAGAGAUUCCUCAGACUUUAAUACCCGCUUUUACAUUGUGACAUCAGAGAUUCCUCAGACUUUAAUACCCGCUUUUACAUUGUGACAUCAGAGAUUCCUCAGACUUUAAUACCCGCUUUUACAUUGUGACAUCAGAGAUUCCUCAGACUUUAAUACCCGCUUUUACAUUGUGACAUCAGAGAUUCCCUCAGACUUUAAUACCCGCUUUUACAUUGUGACAUUAGAGAUUCCUCAGACUUUAAUACCCGCUUUUACAUUGUGACAUCAGAGAUUCCCUCAGACUUUAAUACCCGCUUUUACAUUGUAACACAUCGGAGAUUCUUCAUACUUUAUUCCCCGCUUUUACAUUGGAGUUUCCUUAGACUAUAAUUGUCAUUGUUUGUUUUGUUAUGAAAUAAAAGAUAUUAAACCAC